AGGCGGUAAUUCUCCGACUGCCGCGAGUACGCAGGCAGCGACCCCCGCAUACACAGCAUUCGAAGCCCGAUCAUGACGGUAUCUAUCUCGACCGUCGUUCGGCCACAACAUUCGGCUUCCGGGAGGAAUUAAGGCCCGAGCUGUCGCGUAGUUCGGCAGUCUUCCUAAUUAGGCAAUGGACGCCUCGCGGGCCAAUGAGGCGUGGCCGGACGGUUACGUCAGACUCACGUUCUCGAGGGAGGACAGACAUGAUACUCUCGUUUCGCCUUCUGCGGCACUGCCCACGGCGUGCGCAACAUCAAAUCUGGCGGCUUCUAUUUUGCGCGCGCUGCUGAAAGCCGUCCCUUUGCGCCAGCAGCAGUCAUCGUCUGAAGCCCGUCCGCCUGCGACCACUCAGAGGGCGCUUGGCGGAACGAGCUGCAUGCCAGAUGCGGCCUGGGCUGCUCCUCUAACCACGACGGGCACCACCUGGGCAGCACCGUCGACGUUCGGACCGUUGCGGCCUCCACGGGUCCUCGACUCCUCGUCGUGCCUCUCUCAGCAUCGCCCACGGACCACGGGCUCGGCCUCAGCGAGCGCGACGUCAAAGGCCGGGGAGGGGCGGAAAUUAGCGCGCUGGACGUCUCCUCCACCCCAUUCCAGCACACCUCAGCUCUGCUUUGGCGACGGCCGUCUUACUGUACCCCCCUUCUGCCGCAGCGUCCUGUAGCGACUCCCGUGCUUCGAUGCAGCUUCCGGAAGCCCUCUGGCCUGGCCGUCCUGUGACGCGCCCGGCAGUCCGGCGUCGAGCGGACGAGGGCGACGCUCAUCGACGCCGGGCUCGUUCACGGCCGCAAAAUUAGAACCACUUGGCCGCGCUCGAAUCGCAUGACACCCUAAACGAGUCUGCUGUUGAGGAAUCUUUGCCCCAGCAGCGAUCGCGUGGCUUAGACGGACGGCCGGUGUUGUGCCCAACUGCCCCGGGCGAGGCUUGGAGAUGAAGCAGCGUGCACGCGCCACAACCCCCAAUCCUCUCCAGCCCACCUCUCGUCACGUCUAUUUUGGCGGCUCGA